CGGUUGUACGGUUGACGGAAAGUAACGGGAGAGUGAGGAGUGCGGUGAAGACAGCGUAAUAAGAAAGAGAGUUGAUUGAGAAAGCGGUCCUGAAGUAGAACGAAAAAUAGGGUGAUUCGCGUCUUAGUCGUUAUCAUUCGAUACGCGAGUUAAUUUUCCGUAAGAUCCGGGGGACACGAUUAUUAAUAUAAAUUUUAACGAUGGAGGACGUUGCACGUGAGCCAGAAGCGAUGCUGCCCGAUCGCGGUGCCGCGUGCUUGAAUGUAAACAUGACGUCGGUGGACUCGGGCGUCGAGACUGGGAAUGACUCGAAUGAUAGCUCGAUCAUUCAGUCUGAUGGCCAGCAGCAGCUGCAAGCCGUCGAGAACGAGGAUGUCACGGCGAACAUCAACACGAUCUUCACUAGAGAACUUUUGAGACCGUGCAGCAUGCCCUCUUUUGUUCCAUUCGUCAUUCCGGAAGUUCCCGUCUGUUAUUGUGAAAAAAAGUAUCCCAAGAAUUGCGACAUCGAGCAGAGCUGCCCGUCCAACCCCGACUUUUUACUAGACAAGCUGAGAGUCUGCAAUGCCAAGAUACAGUUUAAGACAAAACUAUUGCAAGCUGCGAACAAAACUAGCUCUCUGCCAAUAAGAUUUAAAUAUAAUUACCACUCUAAGAUAAAAACACGCUGGCGCAUGAACCAUUUUGAUCGUAUGGUGUUCCUUGAACGAAGAAUACGAUUGGCUGCUACCACAAAUAACAUAGACUUGUUGAAAAGACUUUUGGACCUUGGUGUGUCACCUAACUGUCAUGAUAAUCAUGGACGAACUCCACUUCAUCUUGCAGCUUGCCGAGGUUACACGGAUAUAGUCCGUUUAUUGUUGGAACAUGGCGCGGAUCCGAAUCAACGUGACUGUAUAGGAAAUACACCGCUACAUCUAGCUGCAGUUACUAGCAAACUGUCUGUAGUAACAUUACUUUUAACAGCCGGUACUGAUGUUCUUGCAUCAGAUACAUUUGGGUACAAUCCGUUGCAAUUAGCAAAAACAAAGUUACGAAUGCUGCAACGAAACUGUCAUACCGAGGACAUGAUUAAGAUCAAAGAUGAAAUGCGUAAUAUAAUUAGCAUGUUGAUGGUAUAUCUGCAAAAGCAGAAGAAUAUGCGAGAACAGGUAGAAACCUUGAGCAAUUUCUGCUCGCGACUUUCCUUGUCCAGUACUUCAGAUCAAGUUCAGGAUGAUGUUAAAGACUUAUUGGCGAACCUAAAUGAUCUCAGUAUAACGGGUUAAUUAUGGAUUAAUAAGAUAUACUGUUGUAUAUCGCUAUAAUAUUAUACAUACAUAUAUAAUAUUUGCAAAUUUGGUAUCAUCUUUUUUUUGAAGUUUUUAUUGAGCAUAUGAAGCAUGUUGGAAAAUUAUUGUAUGUUUACAUGCCUUUGUGCAUGUCCGUGUUAAUAAUUUUGUUUAUCGAAGAUAGUAAUUUUCAUAUUUCAAAUAGGUUUUUUCUUUUUAUAAAAAGUUCUAUAUUUGCUGAACAUUUAAUUAAUUUUGAAUUAUUUAAUAUGACGUAUAUUUUGAAGAUAUUAAAACGCCAUUAAAUAUUUAGAAUUCUUUUUCCUCUAAUUGUGCGAAUUUAAAUUUUUUUUAAAUCACAUGAUUAUACAUUAAAAAGCAGACAAAAAUCGACAUCAGUGUUAGUUUGUAUUUUGCGCUUUUAUAAUGAUGAAAGACUAAAAAAUAAGAUUUAUGUAGAAUGUAAAGAGGGUAUUUAAAAAAUAUUAAUCUAUUCUGAUAUAUAUUUUAUCGAUAUUUCUCUAUUAAAUUUCUUUAAAUUAUAUUUGUUUUAUUUCUAAAAUGACGAAAUAAGAAAGACUAAUAUAAAAACCCUAACAACACAUGUAGAUUCUGAAAAUGUUUGAAAGAUAUCGCAAACGUAGAUCAAUAUAUUCCUUGUAAUUGUACUGAAAAUGUUCAUAUAUUUACAUUUUUUACUAUCUGAAGAAUCUUGAAUUUUUUUGAACCUACGUGUGCCAUUAAGGAAUGAAAGAAAGGAGGGAAUUUUUCCUAUGAUAAAAAUUAAAUUUUAUAAAUAUAAAAACUAGAGAAAUUGUAUAUAGAGAGAGAAUCAUCCUGUGAAUAUAUAUUGUAUGACGUCUACGUGCUUGUGAUCAUUGAAAAACGAAUUAGUAAUAUAAUUUGAAUAACAUAUAACUAGUUAUAUAACUGAAACUAAGUAGAAUAUGAAAAUGAAAGAACAAGUGAAGACAUACCUAAUAAAUAAUUUGAUUAUUUGUAUGUAAACUCCAGUUAUAUAGGAAUAUGUAAAUAGUUUUCAUAAUCAUUUUACGGACGCUGUCCACAGUACAUCUUUAACUGUAGCUUUGUUAAGUGUAAAAAAAAAAAGAUAUGAAUAAAACACAUUCUACAUACUUUA